AUCUAAGGCUAGAUCAGUUUUUUAGUCGAUAAUCGAUAGCACGUUAAACUCUGCCUGGGUAACGAUGUAAACAUACAGUCAAUGGGUAGGCUGUCAAAGCAGGGAUUGAAAGUGACUUUUUUCGUUCUUCAGGAACAUUUCUACUGCCAAUUUAAGGUAUUACAUGGAAAUUUGUCACAAGUAGAUACGCACAAUGGGAUCAGGAACGUCAACUGCGUCUAACCGAGCAAUCCAUCUGCAACCAGCAUCAAGCGCCCCAAUAGGACAGGGCAAGUCUUCUACUAAAAUUGCCGACACCGUGUCAUCUACAUGCGAACUUAAAAGUUCAGACACUAUCAUAUCGAAAUCUGAAAUUUCAAGUUCACAUGGAAAAAAAGCCCCAACGGCUGAUGAUACCAAAAAUAGUAUAGACCGUCCCAUUACUUCACAUGGAGAUAAUGCUUUAAAGGUGGAUGAGGGUGAUACUGGAGAGACAAUAAACCGUCACAUGAUCGAAACUGAAUUGAACGAGUUAACAACCAAAAAAUACAUGAUGUUAAGGACACGUGCUUCAGACGCAACGGCUAUAAAGCAGAAGUUGAACGACGAUGGACUUUAUGUUGACGACUUAAAGAACACGAUUGGAUUAUUUUACGACGCGUACUUUAUGCCUGAAGAAGCGUCGAUAGAUCACAUAAUUCGAUCCCGAAAUGAAAUAGCGAAGAUAUUGAUAGAGACAAAACUCAUAGACGUAAUAUGUGACUGUUUUUUGAAGAUUCACAUUCGUGGGUGGGUGAGUGCCGACGGAAUCAUAGACAAGUCUGGUUAUGCCAUGAUGUUGCUUAUCGUGAGGAUUAUGCACAAUUAUUCGGACUUGUCAGAUGAGUUUGUUGAGUCACUUGUCAAUUACGAAACAUAUAUGGAAACUAUAAAAACGAUGUUAGAAGAAAGAGCUGACAAACAUCUCAAAAACGAUAGAUCGCCGUUGUCGAUAGCUGACUUUGAAAUACUGAAGGGUCUUAUGGGUGUUGCACAUAAUGUGUCUAUGAGGACAAAUAAUGUCACUCGUCUUCGGAGCCUCAAUUUUACUGACGUUUUAAAGCCGUACCUUGACUCCUGGAAUGAAGGCAUUAGCCGAUCUACCUUAGCAACUCUAGCCGCGAUUGUCAAUGAGGCUGAAUGUAAAAUCAUCAAUGCAGCCCCUGAAAGGGUCCAAAACCUUUUAGACGUGUUGGAGAAAGGUUUGGAUACAAACAUUCGACGCUUCAAAGGGUGGUCGUGCAAAGAGUGUGCCUACACUGUAAGACUGCUUGCACAGAAUGACGCAAACAAGACAUUGCUCGUUAAACUUGGUGCUCUGAAAUUGUUGGUGAUAUUGGGAAAAAAAGGAAAUGAGGAUGAACAGUAUGAGAGUGUACAAGCUGUAUGGGUACUCUGUUUUGACAAGAACAACCAAGAGAUGGUCGCUAAGGAUGAAAAUCUUGGAGUGGUGGAAUUGUUAUUUGACCUGAAAAAAUCUCCCAGUGCCCGUAUACGCCAGACCUGUAAUGGUGCUUUAUGGACGCUGCGAGAUGCCUUGGCAUCGUCUAAAUUGCAGAAAUACAGGAUAUUUGCGGAAAAUGUUGUUGUAGCGGAAAAACUGGACGCGGGCAUUUCUACAAAAGCAGAAGAAAAAAAAGAAACAGAUACCGAAGCAGAAACAGACGAUCACCGAGGGCACAUAAUGAUCUCGUACCAGUGGGAUAAUCAACAAUUACUGAAAGUCAUCAGAGACAAACUUCAAGAAAAUAAUUAUAAAGUUUGGAUGGACAUUGACGAGAUGCGUGGGUCCACUCUUGAAGCCAUGGCAAGCGCAGUGGAGAAUGCAGAAUUAGUGCUGCUGUGCAUGUCACAGAAAUACAAGACAAGUCCCAAUUGUAGAGCAGAGGCCGAGUAUGCCUUUAAAAAGAACAAGGAGAUUCUCCCUUUGAAGAUGGAAAGAGGUUACGACCCGGACGGUUGGCUGGGCAUCAUAUGCGGCACAAAGAUGUUUUAUGAGUUCAGUGGAAAAUAUAAAUUUGAGGACAAGUUAAAAGAAUUGUUACGAGCAUUGGCUAGGAACUGGAAUAAAAAAGGUCCACAGUUAGAACUAAGCAUACAACCGAAAUUUUCACAAAAGGUUUAUACACAACCCACUGUAGCAUUUGACCACGUAGAUUCCGCCUCCGCGCCGAGUGCUUCUAGCAGAAUAAUAGUUUCCAUGAAAACCAUUGAUGCUGUGAGGAAAUGGACAGAUUCUGAAUUUAAAACAUGGAUCGAUAAGAAUGGUUUGAAAAGUGUACUUCCAUCCAAUAUCAACACAGAUGACAUAGCACUGCUCUUACAAAUGAGAAUGGAGUCGCCGGACUUCUUUUACAGAUGCACCCAUGAUAUGUUGAAAAACCUGUCAUCGCUGUCGAAACUUGUAUGGGCUUUGCAGACGAUAACCCAAAACGGACACAUAUAAAGUUAAGCAGAAAGUUGUAAAAAAGGCAAAUCUACUUACCAAAUUUGAACAAAUUGUAGAAUUAAAAUGUUCAAUAGAUGCAGAUUUUAAAGCAAUUGAUCCUUCUUUUCCUUUUUUGUAGUGUUUGCGUUUUUAUUUUAUUUGAACACUUUUAAUGGUAGAUGUUACUAGACAAUAUUGAUAUGCUUCAACGUCUGUGAGUGUCAACCACAGUUCUGCGUGGAACUUAAGCUAAUACGUGCACGUUGAAUAUAACUUUUUUUAAGUAAUAGAAAAUAAAAUGAAGAGUAAAAUGAACUUAGUACACGAUUACUCCAUGUGUUAACUUCAUUUAGGAGUCAUUUACUGGUAAUAAAUUAUUUGUUAUUGUUA